CCCGGGAGAGACUUGAGGAGAAAGGAAAGAGGAAGACGACGAGCAAGGCGACGACUAAGUAGGAGGAGGAGAAGCCGGAGUGGAGGGGAGGAGGACAGGAGGAAGGGAGAAAAAGAAGAGGAAGGCGGCGGCGGCGGACGAGGAGGCUUAUCUCUGAGUGAGUUCAGGAGGACAGACGAUGGCUGACAGCGGUCAUCAGGCACCCGUGCCGGAUCCGAGAACAUGGUCCGCGACUUGGAGGCUGGAUGGGAAGACGGCGCUAGUGACUGGGGGGUCGAGGGGGCUCGGGAAAGCCAUAGUAGAAGAACUGGCAGCGCUUGGCGCGCAGGUAUACAUUUGCGGCAGAGAUGCUGACGUGUUGCAGCAGUGCUUGUCAGAGUGGCAAUCAGCGGGGUUGAAGGUGACAGGCUCGGUGUGCGACGUGUCGGUGAGGCAGCAAAGGGUGUCGCUCAUCGAAACGGUGUCCGCGGAAUUUGGCGGGAAACUGGACAUUCUGGUGAAUAACGCGGGAACGAACAUUAGGCGCGCCACGCAAGACUACACCGAACAAGAGUUGUCGUUUGUGUAUUCCACCAACUUCGAGUCCGCUUUUCACAUGUGCCAGCUCGCUUACCCGCUCCUGAAAUUGGCGGGAAAAUCGGCAAUAGUCCACGUGUCUUCGGUGGCGGGUCUAUCCGGCAUGAGAUCGGGAAGCGUGUACGGUUUCACCAAGGCGGCCAUGAACCAGUUGACCAGAAACCUGGGGUGUGAAUGGGCCAAGGACGGGAUCCGGACCAACGCCGUGGCGCCUUGGUACAUAACCACGGACUUAGCGAACCAGGUGCUCAAGGAUCCCCACUUCAAAGCGGAAGUAAUUGGUCGUACACCCAUGAGGAGAGUGGGAGAGCCCAGGGAGGUGGCCACGACAGUCGCAUUUCUCUGCAUGCCCGCAUCGUCGUACAUCACCGGCCAAGUCAUCGCCAUCGACGGCGGAUACCUGGCCAAUGGAUUUUAUCCGAUGACGUAAAUUUUUAUUUUGAAAAAAAUAGAGAUGAUGAAAAAAAAAGAGGUGUCGGGGUCCAGUCACACACGUGCCUCUCUCUCUCUCUCUCUCUCUCUCUCUCUCUCUCUCUCUCUCUCUCUCUCUCUCUCUCUCUCUCUCUCGUGUGUGUGUGUGUGGGAGAAGGUAGAGGAGGAGGGGGCUUGUUCAGAAAACCGUUGCUCUCUCUCUCUCUCUCUCGUGUGUGUGUGUGGGAGAAGGUAGAGGAGGAGGGGGCUUGUUCAGAAAACCGCUGUAAAUGCAGCACAGCGCAGUAGAAAAGGCGAGAGGUAAGGAGUUUUGGAAUUGCAUCCGGAUCCACGCUCGGUCUCUGCCACACACCAAAUCCAAGGUCCACGCCUGCCGCACAACUGGAUCCACGGUCGAUCUCUGCCGCACACCUUAUCCAAGCUCGAUUCUCUGACGCAAGAUCGGCCUCCUUUAGUACGUCCCUUCUCCUUCCUCCAUGAGGAUGGCCUACAGGGAUUAAUAGCAACACCAUGAAGAACCGGUCAUCUUCCUGGCCAUCUACUUUGCUCUGCGGUCCUAUAAUCCAAGCUCCAUCUCUACCACACUACUCAUUCCAAGCUCCAUCUCUCGUCCAUGCUCGAUCUUUGCCGCACAGCUCAUUCAAGCUCGAUCUCUGUCGCACAACCGUCUUUACCGGAACAGAACGCCCGGUAAUUCUUUUUUUUUUUUUUUUUUUUUUUAAUGGGCGCCUUCCAGUCUAGAUGCAAUGACAAUGACGGAGCGUUCUAUUGGGUGAAGACAGGAAUCCCUGUUCAAUCUUUACCACACUCCUCAUUGAAGCCCGAUCUCUGUCGCACAACACCAAAGCGAGCUCGAUCUGUGUCGCGCACCUCUGCCGUACACCUCAUCCAAGCUCGAUCUCUGUCGCACACCUCAUCCAAGCUCGAUCUCUGUCGCACACCUCAUCCAAGCUGGAUCUCUGUUGCCCAUCACAAACUACAAAGCUCAUCUCUAAUCCUGCGGCACCUGGGAAGGAGCACUCUCUUCUGAGAUUGGCCAACUUGGAGUUGCGCACAGGGCAAAACAGCAUCCGUGUCAUUGAGCUUACUGUUGCGAGGCGGUCCCACAGACGCGGCCUUAGGUUCAUUUGCUGUUCUUUUCUACUUCCUAAUUUCCGAAGAGUAAAUAAAGACACAACUG